CAUAGAGAAGGGUCCUGGCCCACAGUUACUAGUGGCACAGGGGAUGGAAUGCGACCAGCAGAGGAAUGGGAACACUUUCCUGUUUAGUAGCUGUGCAAAAUGCUGAUGUGGAUAUGUUAAUUGGUGGUUAAUGGGAAAAAUGGAGUCAUGUGCAUCUCGCUGUCAUAAGAAAUUUAACCGGAAUGCUGCCUGCCAGUGUGACCACCGGUGUGCCUCGCACGGGGACUGCUGUGAAGACUAUGAGCACCUGUGCACAACUGAAGAGGACCCCACAGAGCCAGAGCCAUUCCUGGAGCUGGAGGAAGAGGUCCCACCUAGCAACUUGUACUCGGCACCCAACUCCUGCCGGGGCCGCUGCCAGGAAGCCUUCGACAAGCACCACACAUGCCACUGCAAUGUCCGCUGCCCAGAGUUUGGGAACUGCUGCAAGGAUUUCGAGAGCCAGUGUGGCCAAGAGGGCUUCUCCCACAGCAGUGAUGCCAUUACCAAGGAGGAGCUGCAGGCCAUCUCUGAGAAGAUCUACAAGGUGGACGCCAACAAAGCCCAGAAGGACGACAUCGUUCUCAAUAGCCAAAGCUUCAUCUCACCCUCUGAGACCGGAGACCAAGUGGAUCACUGCCCGGAGCCGCUCUUCACGUACGUCAAUGAGAAGCUGUUUUCCAAGCCCACCUACGCAGCCUUCAUCAACCUCCUCAACAACUACCAGCGGGCAACGGGCCAUGGGGAGCACUUCAGUGCCCUGCAGCUGGCUGAGCAGGACGCCUUCCUCAGAGAGGUCAUGAAGACAGCAGUCAUGAAGGAACUCUAUGGCUUCCUCCAUCACCAGAACCGCUACAGCUCAGAGCAAGAGUUCAUCAGUGACUUGAAGAACAUGUGGUUUGGGCUCUAUUCGAGAGGCAAUGAAGAGGGGGACUCAAGUGGCUUUGAACACGUCUUCUCAGGCGAAGUCAAAAAAGGCAAGGUCACUGGCUUCCAUAACUGGAUCCGCUUCUACAUGCAAGAGAAGGAGGGCCUGGUUGACUAUUACAGUUACAUCUAUGACGGGCCUUGGGAGUCUUACCCCGACGUGUUAGCCAUGCAGUUCAACUGGGACGGCUACUACAAGGAAGUGGGCUCCGCUUUCAUUGGCAGCAGCCCCGAGUUUGAGUUUGCGCUCUAUUCCCUGUGCUUUAUCUCCAGGCCAGGCAAAAGGUGCCAGUUAAGCCUCGGUGGACAUCCCUUGGCCAUUCAGACCUAUACCUGGGACAAGUCCACGUAUGGAAAUGGCAAGAAGUACAUCGCCACAGCCUACGUGGUAUCUUCUACCCAAUAGAGCUUCAAGCCAGAAAGGGGCAUGAGGGCAGUGAGCGCUCUUAGGACUGAGGUGCUAUCUGCUUUGGGCUGGAGGAGACUGGGAGGGAUUCCCAUAUCCAGAAAUAUCCAGAUGGGAAAGAGAGAAAAGAUACAAAUUAGAAAAAUGCAGACAAACAGUCAAAUCUUUGUCCUCCAGCAUUUUGGAAACAGCAUUCAGACAGAGAAGGUGGGCCCUCCAUAGCUCUUUGCUCUGACGGGAGCUGGAACUGUGAACAAGUCCUUGACCUCUCCAGGCCUCAUGUUUCCUUAUAAUGUAAAGGGAAGGGAUUUGCACCCUUUCUUGUUUCUAGGGUUGGUGAGAGGGCAAACCUGAUGAUAUUAUUACUGUGAAGAUGUUAUCAACUGUUCUUAGGAAGAACGGCUGAUAGAAAUUCAGGAUUACCAUAAUGGCUGUUAUUGUACACAGCUCUGCAAACUGUGAUUCAGCCCUAUGUUGGGGACUCAAAGAAAUCAGGUCAUGGAAACCAAGCACAGUGUUUUCCAGGGUUGGAUCCUCUCAGAACAGGGUCUGGGAGAACUUCAGUGCUGGACAGAGAGGGGAAUGGGUUGGUGCAGUGAGUGGGCUGGGGAGGGGUCAACUUCUUGCCUGAGGGUUUUUGCUAAUUUAGUAACUGCAUCAAGAAUCUUCCUACUUACAGACAUUUAGUGCAGUUACAGAGCUGGAUUUUGAUCCCAAAUAGUUUUGUGAAAGAGUUCCCUCACAGGAGGAAACUUCUGCAUCAGAAGAAGAAAGAAGCCUGUAGCUUGGUGUCAUUAACAUUAAUUAUUUUAAGACUUAUCCAUCAGCCAUAAUUUGCAUAAACUCUAGAAUGGAAGAUCAGGGAGACUGGGUUCCAACCUCAGUUAUGCAUCUCCCCUAACCCCACUGGGAACCAGACGCUGUCCCUCAGAGCCAGGCUUGAAAUACAGUUUAGAGGGUUCGAGUCUUCAA